AUGGCAGGCAAGGAUAAGACAGUCGUGAGGACGCUGGAGGAUUUAACGCUUGAUUCUGGUUAUGGUGGAGCCGCGGACUCGGUCAGGUCGUCCAGCGUGUCGCUCUGCUGCUCCGACACGCACCAGUCCGUCUCGCAUGGAGGCAACUACUGGCAUCUGACGGAAUCCAUGCACAGCAGACACAACAGUUUGGACACGGUCAACACCGUCCUGGCGGAGGACACGGAGAUCCUGGAGUGUGCGGGACACUGCGCCAAGCUGCCCGAGCUGGAGGAGGUACCGUGGAGCCUCGGAGAGGUGGAGGGCGCACUGAGGAAGGACGAGGAGCUGAUGUUGGGGAACCCGACUCCGGAGGUCCUGGCGCGGCUGUCCGCCCUCAUCAGCCGGGCGCUGGUGAGGGUGGCCCGGGAGGCGCAGCGGCUCAGCCUGCGCUACGCCAAGUGCACCAAACAUGAGAUCCAGAGCGCCAUCAAGGUGGUGCUCUCAUGGACCAUCUCGGUGAACUGCAUCACGGCGGCGCUCAGCGCGCUUUCCCUCUACAACAUGUCCAGCGCCGGAGACAAGUUCAGCCGCGGCAAGUCGGUGCGCUGCGGCUUGGUGUUCUCCGUGGGGAGGUUCUUCAGGUGGAUGGUGGACAGCCGGGUGGCCCUGAGGAUACACGAGCACGCCGCCAUCUACCUGUGCGCCUGCAUGGAGAGCCUGUUCAGGGAGGUGUUCGGCCGCGUCCUGCGCAGCGCGCUGGUGGAGAGGGACAACGGGAUCCCCAAGAUCACGCUGGAGUCCAUGGAGCAAGCCAUCAGCAACGACUCGGAGAUCUGGGGUCUGCUGCAGCCCUACCAGCACCUCAUCUGCGGCAAGAAUUCAAGCGGUGUGCUGAGUCUGCCGGAAAGUUUGAACCUGCACCGAGACCAGCAGCGCUCAGGGAGAGGCAGCGAGGGUCACGGGUACUCCCAGGCCGAGCUGCGCACACUCGAACAGUCGCUGCUGGCAACCCGAGUGGGCAGCAUCGCGGAGCUGAGUGAUUUGGUUUCCCGGGCCAUGCAUCACCUCCAGCCGUUACACAUCAAGAACCCGAGCAACGGGACGCCGGUCCACCAGAAGAGCAGCUCCACGGUCCACUGGGAACCCGAAGCGCUCUACACCCUCUGUUACUUCAUGCACUGCCCACAGAUGGAGUGGGAGAACCCCAACGUGGAGCCAUCCAAAGUCACCCUACAAACCGAGAGGCCGUUCUUGGUUCUGCCUCCGCUGAUGGAGUGGAUCCGGGUGGCAGUCGCCCACACCGAACACAGACGGAGCUUCUCUGUCGACAGCGAUGACGUGAGACAGGCCGCCAGGCUGCUGCUACCCGGGGUGGACUGUGAGCCGCGGCAGAUAAAAGCCGAAGAUUGUUUCUGCGCCACCCGGAAGCUGGACGCAGCCUCCACCGAGGCCAAGUUCCUGCAGGAUCUGGGCUUCAGGAUGCUCAACUGCGGCCGGACGGAUCUGGUCAAGCAGGCCGUCAACCUGCUGGGGCCCGACGGGAUUAACAGCAUGAGCGAACAGGGGAUGACGCCUCUCAUGUACGCCUGCGUGCGCGGCGACGAGGCCAUGGUCCAGAUGCUGCUGGACGCUGGCGCCGAUAUCAACAGCGAGGUGCCAAGCACAGUAAACAAGCACCCCUCAGUUUACCCCGAAACGCGCCAGGCGACGCCACUCACGUUCGCCGUGUUGCACGGACACGUCCCUGUCGUGCAGUUGCUGCUGGAUAACAGAGCCAAUGUGGAGGGAGCCCUGCAGGAUGGGGCGGAGAACUACACAGAGACGCCGCUCCAACUUGCUGCAGCUGCAGGAAACUUUGAGCUGGUGAGCUUGCUGUUGGAAAGAGGAGCAGAUCCCAUGAUCGGCACGAUGUGUCGAAAUGGCAUCUCCUCCACUCCGCUGGGAGACAUGAACUCGUUCAGCCUGGCAGCGUCGCACGGACACAGGAAUGUUUUCCGGAAGCUUCUGUCCCACUCAGAGAAGGAAAAGGGGGACGUUUUGUCCCUGGAGGAGAUCCUGGCCGAGGGUUCGGAUCCCGGGGAGAAGAGGCUGGCCCCGCAGGCCAACUGCAGCGGGACGCUGCGAACAGGAAAGGCCAAACUGCGGGCCCUGAGAGAGUCCAUGUACCAUAGCGCAGAGCAUGGCCAUGUGGACAUCACCAUUGACAUCCGCAGCUUAGGCGUUCCUUGGACGCUGCACACCUGGCUCGAGUCCCUGCGCACCUGCUUCAUGCAGAACCGCCGGCCGCUGAUCCAGGGUCUGCUCAAAGACUUCAGCUGCAUCCAGGAGGACGAGUACACUGAGGAGCUGAUCACACACGGCCUGCCGCUCAUGUUCCAGAUCCUGCGAACCAGCAAGAAUGAAGUGAUUAGCCAGCAGCUGUCGGUCAUUUUCACGCAGUGCUACGGACCUUUCCCCAUCCCCAAACUGACGGAGAUCAAGAGGAAACAGACCUCACGCCUGGACCCCCACUUCCUGAACAACAAGGAGAUGUCUGACGUCACCUUCCUAGUGGAGGGGAAACCGUUUUAUGCACACAAGGUGUUGCUGUUUACAGCAUCAGCCAGGUUCAAGUCUCUGCUCCAGAACAGACCAGCAGCAGAAAACACAUGCAUUGAGAUCAGCCAUGUCAAAUACAACAUUUUCCACCUGGUCAUGCAGUAUCUGUACUGCGGAGGCACAGAGUCUCUGCACAUCCGCAACACAGAAGUGAUGGAGCUCCUGUCUGCAGCCAAGUUCUUCCAACUAGAGGCCCUUCAGAGACACUGUGAGAUCAUCUGCUCCAAGAACAUCACCACUGAAACCUGCGUGGACCUUUACAAACACGCCAAGUUUCUCGGUGCGUUGGAGCUAACGGCGUUCAUUGAGGGCUACUUCCUGAAGAACAUGGUGCUGCUGAUUGAACUGGACGCCUUCAAGCAGCUCCUGUACGAGCCGCCCGCCGCCACCUCUGCCGAGAGCCCCGCGUCCAGCCCCGGCCUCUGCUCCGACAUCCUCCACGACCUGGAGAAGACCCUGGCCACUCGCAUCCACUCCAUCCACCUCUCCAGCUCCAAGGGCUCGGUGGUGUGACCGCCGCCCGCCCCGCUCCCAUCCAGCCACAGCAUCAAUUUUAGCAAACACUGUCCCGCCCACGUCAAACUGCUGUUGGACGAUCUACCGCCAGGAUUUCCCUUUAAUUCUGCUGCUUGUUGAACGUUAAUGUAGACGUUUGUGACUAAACUUUAUUGUUUUGCCUUGAGCUCCUGUCCUGACGGCUGUUCACUGCGGAUAAAAACAAACAUGGCUUUGUCAAGGCGCCUCAUUCACAAUAAUCCAACUCUCAACUGUAUUUCAUACAGAACAUGUGCAUGAAAUACAUAUUUUACACUUUUUUCACUCAGAAAUUAAGGUAGAAGUUUUACUCAUUCAAUACAAAUGAUACAUUUUCUGGAAGUGGAUGCCAUGGCAGCAGCAAAUUAAAUCCCUGCUAUACGACCCGUAGCAAUGUGAGGACUUUUAAGGUGGACUUGCUUACAUUUCAGUCUGUCAGUGUGUUCUCGCUGGACACGUUUCACUGUGUUUUAUCUGCCAUGUUGCAGAAGCCAAACUGAUCACAGGAACUUCCGCCGCCGAGCCGGUUCCAAUAAACCCGAAAUCUAUGCUGACUGAUUCCUAAAACACGGGAAACAAUUCGUCUUUUUGCAUGACACCUCCUUUACUGAGCUGCCAUUAUGUUGCUUUUUUAUGCACAGCUUACUUCAUGAACCUCUUUUCUGAGCGGGAAGUAAAAGAAUUUGCUGCUUAUUAACUUUUUAUUCGCCACAAGACAGAGCGGGAUUCUGGAGACGGACCAAAUGUUUUUGAGAGCAAACUGUAAAUAUCUUCUGAAAGUCAUCGUUUUUGCAAGAUGGUAUAAAAUCCCCCACACUCACUCGCCUGGCUGACAACACCGGCCUCACUAAACGUGCUCCCCGCUGUGCGUCCGGAUUAUGCAAACUUGCAUGUUUAAUCCAUCUGUAUGACUUGUGUGUUAUGCAACAUCGCACUGUGGGAUGCUGGUUGCUCCAGUUUUAGCUGAACCGAAGGGUCUCCCCUCAAAUUAUUUUUGCUCUGAAGCAUCCCAGAUUAUCAGGAUAGGUUACAAAAUUCAGGCUAGUCUGCAGCAUCCGUGUAUUAAAUUAUCUUAGCUGUUUAGUAUUGAAAUAAACUUCCUAAUACAAUUGAGAUUACACACAAAAUAAUAUUUUGCUGUCAUUGUUUGGUGGUAAAAGGGAGGCAGAGGUGGAGCAAAUAUAAAGAUCAACUUUUAAAAAAAAUCUAGAAAUCCCAAAAAUAAACUAAAUAAAUAAGAAACCAAAGACGAAACUCAAAUAUGACAAAUAAUGUCCAACACAUCACAAGGAGCUAAUAAAAUGUUACCAUUUUGAUGUUUAAUCAAAUGUAUGUUGAUUUCUGGAAAACAAAGUGAUAUAGUUGCGCUUAAAAAACUAAAAUGAACAUUGUUUUCAUAAUUAAACAAAAGAUAUCAAGAGAAAUUUCAGACUCAACUUGUAAAAGAAUAUUUUUCCUGGUCUUUCUUGCAAACUUAAAUAUUCAUGUUUCUCUUUGAGAGCAUCAAUAAAGUUAAACUUAAAGUUUAUUAAUUACACUUUCAUAUCAAAAGUAACACAAACCUGCUGUAGGUUGUGUGGUGACAUUUUAGGGUUUUUGGAGACUUCUUUUAACAUCUUACUGUCUGCUCUCAGGGUGAACAUGCUUUGUCGGCCAACAUGGACAUGUCAGCAGUUGUUUUAUUUUGAAAUAUCUUAUUACAAAUUAUUCUGAGACGUCUAAUUUUUUUUUUUGACAAAUCUUUUCUCUCACUUAAACAGUAACCAGACUAAAGAUGUCUGAGAUUUAAAAGUGGAAACCUUCUAAAAGACUUGACAGUCUUUUCUUUUAUUGUUUAUUUAAAUUAUUUCAAAUUUUAAUUGUUGUUAAAUACAUAUUAAAUACCUUCAUGUCUAAAUUUUCUGAAAAACACUGAAUCUUGUUGGAGGGAAUCAUAUUUUCACAUGAAUGUAUAAUGACAGAAAUACUUAAAUAUUAAAGCUCCUCGCAGAUCAUGCCAAAUAUUUUUGCAAAAUUGAUUUAUUUUUAAACAAUCAGUUUGUGUUGCAUCUGAAUGGUCUAGAUGUCGUAAAACAAUUAAAAAGCACCCAGUUUCUGCAUUCCCUCUCAGUAUUUCAGUACUAAAAGCUGCAACAGUUAAGUAAAUUUUAUGUUUUCUUCUUAUGUAUGUGCUUUGAUUUCAUAAAAUUAAAAUACAAGCUGAAAAGGUUCUGAGGAAAUGAAUUGGAGAAAACAGGCGUUACAAUGGAUUUUAGUGAAGUUAAUGUCUAUGGUAGCAUGGGUUUUACGACAUUUUGAUCAUCCAUCGUAAGGACAAAAUGUGUAGAAAAUCAAGAAAUCAUCCAGGAAAUUAAUAAUUAGUAGUUUAAAAACUUAAGUCUACUAAAUACAAAGUGUGAAUUUAAGAAAAGUAAUAAAAAACAUCUCUUGGUAAUUUAUGCAUUGAAUAUAAGAAUACCUUGUUCACAGUGCUGAAUGUUCCACACAACUGUCUCAUACAGCAUUGACCCUUAACAACUACGUCACUCUUAUCAUUCGAGGCGCCAUGUUGGACGUCGGAAGUGAGGGACGGGAGUAUUUGAACGCAACGACUGCAAUUGUUUUACGAAGUUGGUUUUUCCAGUUUAUUCGUGGCUUCUGCUUGUUCGAGUCGAGCUAAUUUGUCUGAACGUAAACUCGCCUGGUUGGGCCUCAUUGAUGACGGUGUUCACAACAAUUGGAGACGGCCAGCUUAGAAACCGACCCACAUCUCCUCCCUGGUGACGUGUUGAUCAAAUUACCGACUUUGCCUGAAUUCACACCACAUAAUUUAUGUCAAUAUGUCCUAAACAGCGUUUUUCUUUACACCGGACCAGCAUUAAAAACAUACAAAAGAGAAGAUGCUAACUAGUUUUUUUCCAUACAUGCUAGGCUACAUGACGGUGCGGCACUGUUUCCAUGGUUACCAAUGGCUAGACGCGUACCUUCUCCAUAAUGCGAUAUUUUAUAUCUUUCUAAUUAUACACACUUAUAAAGUGUAUGAACGUUAAUCUUGUCAAAAAUGUCCGCUGCAAAUCCGCGAUUACACUGAAGGCUGAGUGAUUAUGAUUGACAGCUGCUAUCCAUAAAAGAAGAUAUAAAAUAAAAUGACAAGUUUGGUUCCUAUCCCACCGCGCAGCCAUAUUGUUUUUCUUUUCAGGAGCGUAUUGGUUGUUUUGAUGUCCGUCAUGGCGGAGCGGAGCGUGACGUCAUCUGAAAAGGGUCAAUAUAUAUAUAUAUUUUUUUCAAAUUUUCAAAAAAGUAAAUACCAAGUAAUUCUCUUAAAGCUAACAGAGGUCCCUAAUAUUUAGCAACACUUUUUUUUUCCUGUUCAAAUAUUGACAAUUCAUUAAGAAGUUUUAUGCAUUCAGUUGUAUUUUAAUAUACGGCUCAAAUCUAUUUAAUGAAUGUAACACAAAGCGGAUGGAGAUUAGGAAAUCGUGCAUUUUUUUUCCAGCAACAGAUCAAAUGCAACAGUCAAAUAAGUUUUCAUUUUUACAUGUAAUGUUUGUUUCACUAUCAACCACUAUUUAUAUUCUUAUGAAAUAUAAUUACUGUAGCACACUGAAAAUUACAUCCAUAUUUUAGCCCAAAUUUUGAGAAAAUCUUAAUAUAUAUAUAAUAUAUGAACUUCUAUAAAUAUUGACAGAUUACAGAUGCUAUACUACAGUUUUAUUUUCUUAUCUACAUGCAUAGCAGUAUAUACUUUAUUUUACAUUCAGCAGUUUUGAAAAGAAUACAUUUAAUAAUGCUCUAAGAUAUUUAGUAGAAGCAAUAUUUACAUCAGAUUGUGUUCCCAUGAGGUUAGCUAAAGUGUAAAUGUGAGCUAAAUGAGUGACUGAAAUUUGCUUAAAUAUAUAUAUUUUUGGUUAUAUAUCUGUGGCAGCCCAUGGUGUGUUUUUGUUUAUUUUACCCUGAAUGCUUUAAAGAUUUUACUGUAUGCUAAUAACUUAAAUGAAUCAUCACAUAUUCACAUAUUUUAGUGGAAACGCUUUAUUUGAAAGUGAUACAUAACCUGAUGCAAACCAAGGUUCAUGAUGAUGUCAAGCACUUUUUUGUGCCAGUGUUACUGUAGCCUCACACAAUCAGAGUAUUUUACCAGUGAGCUUGAGUUAAAGUCUUAUUGUGACCCAACAGCAACUAAAGUAUGAAAAUAAAGUCAAAGAUUUUAUGCUUAUCUGUUUCUGUUAGUCUUAAUGUUACGCCAGUAGCAAAAAAAAAACAGCUUAGCUUGUCCCAUUUCUGGCAUUUCAGGCCCAAAAUGGGUCAAAGCUGUAGAGUAAAUGUCAGUUUGCAUGGCUCUUCUUGUUUAAUGUUGUUGGGAAUGUGUUCUGUACAGCAGCUUUGUCUCAACACCCUCCUUUGUGUUUGUCUGAGCAUUUAUUAUCCUGCGUAUUUGUUACUGGUAAUAUACCUAAUUUUCCCUAGACACAGUGAUAACUUGCAUGGGUUAGUUUAAAUCCACAUGGGGAUGAAACUUUUGCUACUUCUGUUCCUUUGAAGGGAAAAUGUACAUUGUACAAAUUAUAUAUAUAUAUAUACAUAUAUAUAUAUAAAAUAUAAAUUAUACAUGGUGUGAGAAGCAGAGAUGUGGUGGAGUAUAACAACAAAGAGAAAUGUUACACUCAUGCUACGGUUUCUGUCGUUCCAUGACAUGAUAUUGUGGACAGCUAAUAAAGACCUCAGUUUAAAAACA